AUGGAUUUCUUUAACAGUACAAAUUUUUCCAUCGAUGGCAGCAAUUCAACAGCAGAUGAAGAUGGGGCUCUUCACUGUGGUGCCAUCCUUCCUGUCAUCUUUGGCAUUAUCUGCUUUCUGGGCAUCAUUGGGAACUGUAUUGUCAUGUACACCAUUAUGAAGAAGACCAAGUGCCAAGCAAAGCAAACAGUUCCAGACAUAUUUAUCUUAAAUCUGUCAAUUGUUGAUCUUCUGUUUCUCCUUGGGAUGCCAUUUCUCAUCCACCAGUUGCUGGGCAACGGUACCUGGCACUUUGGAGCCACAAUGUGUACGGUCAUCACUGCGCUCGAUUCCAACAGCCAGAUUGUCAGUACUUACAUCCUCACUGCAAUGACCCUUGACCGUUAUUUGGCUACAGUCCAUCCCAUUCGUUUCAACUAUGUCCGCACACCUUAUGUGGCUGCGCUGGUCAUUGGGCUGGUGUGGGUUCUGUCCUUACUCACCAUUAUCCCCGUGUGGAUGUAUGCAGGCCUGAUGCCUCUCUCAGGUGGUCUUGUGGCCUGUGCUCUACUUUUGCCUGAUCCAAUUACAGAUACAUACUGGUUUACACUUUACCAGUUUUUCUUGGCUUUUGCGGUACCCUUAGCCAUUAUCUGUUUGGUAUUCUUCAAGAUCCUCCAACACAUGUCCACAAGUGUAGCGCCACUGCCUCCACGGAGUUUGAGGGUGCGCACCAGGAAGGUGACCCGGAUGGCAGUGGCCAUCUGCCUGGCUUUCUUCAUCUGCUGGGCUCCUUUCUAUAUCCUCCAACUGGUCCACCUGGGAGUGCAGAAGCCAAGCAUAGCUUUCUCCUAUGCCUAUAAUAUUGCCAUUAGCAUGGGCUAUGCUAACAGCUGCAUUAAUCCAUUCCUCUAUAUUAUCCUUAGUGAGACCUUUAAGAGGCAGUUUCUCAGGGCUGUAUGCCCAGUUAACAGAAAGUUCCGAGUGGUGAACCCAAGCACCACAGAUGGUGGCAGUGUCAGUGUGAGAAUGGUACCUGAAGGGGCUCAGCAGGAGCCAGCCUGUGGGGAGAUGAUACCAUCCAGUGUGGCCCCAGAAUGA